AUGGCGGAUACCAGUGUUGGGAAGGAAGACGUGGUAACAAAAGAGGCAACGGCAUCAUCGGUUCAUGGAGAUGCGACUCAUGCAGAUGAGGAAGAACGGGGCGAAUCUCUUGCCCCGGAACCAAAGGAGGAAAUUGAAUCCAUGCUCAAACGCCUGGAGAUCACAGAGGAAGAGGAUGAUGCGAUCGAUCUCUCGGGAUUAAUCGAAAAUCGAUCCGCCAUGAAGUGGGCGGUUAUCAUGAAGUGUCUUGGUGACUGGAAGACAGCAAUGCAUGGAGGGCCAUGGAUGUUUAGGCGCAAUGCUGUGGUGAUUGAGGAAUAUGAUGGUCUUGUCAACACAGAGACGAUAGCCCUAGAUUCUAUUAGGGUUUGGAUUCGUAUUAUGGGGCUUCCAGAGCUUGUGCGUAAUACUGCAGCUGCUAAAGCUAUGGCAGGAAAACUGGGAGAGGUUCUGGAGGUUGACCUGGGAUUGAAGGGAGCUCCUUAUGUCAAAUUUGUUAGAGUAUACAUGAGGAUUAAAUUGAAGAAACCUUUGAUGCGUUUUGUUACAGGAAGGGUGGAUGCCGGGAAAGAGCCCCAAAAAUUCAGGGUGCUCUAUGAGAAAAUGCCGCGGUUCUGUGCUCAUUGCAGUGUGAUUGGCCACAUCGCCGAAGAAUAUGGUGAUGGAGCUCAUGAUCCACAAAAAUUCCAAUAUGGUGAUUUCAUGAUGGUUCCUCAGGAAGAGUUUUGGUACCAGCCAAAAAAAGAAUUUGUUACACGCCCUAUGUCAAGUAACUUCAGAGGGAGAGGUGGAAGAGGCCGUGGUGGCAGAUCUGGUCCUGCUCAUUCUAAUGAGGGCAUGGAUGUAGACGGUACCAACAUGGGUACUCGUGGAGGCACUGGUGAUAGUUCAUGGUUGAGGAAACGUGAUAUGAAUGUCAGGGAUAACAUCCCAAAAAACAAUACACUAGCAAUCAUGUCUGGCUCUCAUGUUGCUAAUGUGAUUGGAACUCUGGAGGGGAAAGCUACUGGAGAAACUACUCCACAGAAAGUUCAGCCACCAAAGAGACAUAAGGGUGGAAACACAAUGUGA